AACUCGGUAGUUUUUCUAAUAUUAAAUAUUAUAGUAUAUUUUAAAAUAAUUAUUAGAAAAAUCUAAAGUUAAUCUAAUCUGAAAUUUAUUAAAAGAAAUGGUUUAGUUUCUAAAAUUAUUACAAAAUUACUUCCUAUUAUAGGAUAACAAAAUAACCUUCAUAUAUACAUUAUUUUGCUUGGUAAAAUUUAUAAAAAAAGGAAGAUAAAUUAACUAACUUUAUUAAUAAUAAGGUAACGGUAACUAUAAUGAGGUAAGAGAAAGGAAUAUGCAUGCAUUGACAUUGGUAAUGUGUGGAGAAGGGUUGUGGCAGCGAAUUGUGCGUUGAACGGCUGGUUUGCGUUAGCGUUUGAGAUGGAAGAGUGGAGAGUAACCAAAAAGAAGAACUUCAACAACUUUCUCUCUCCCCCAUGGUGUCACGCUAUCCAUUGCCAUUCCUUAUUUUGCAGAGUUUCCCCCACACAGAAUCAACCUGAGGAGAAUCCACAACAGCGGCAACAAUGUCCGUCAUCGACAUUCUCUUCCGCGUCGAUUCCAUUUGUCACAAAUAUGACAAAUACGACAUCGACAAGCAGCGCGAGCAAAACGCCUAUGGCGACGACGCCUUUGCUCGUCUCUAUGCAGCCGUCGAAUCCAGCAUUCAGACGGCUCUCAACGUUCCCUUCUCUUCCCUUCCCUUUUCUUUUUCUUCUUCUUCUCUUUGCUUUUCUUCGAAAUUCACCCUCUUUGCUUCAAUGCAGAAAUCGGAGGCUGCUUCCACGGAGUCCAACAGGGCUGUUUCUGCGGCUUUGAAUGCGGAGGUUCGUCGGACCAAGGGCAGACUCAUGGACGAGAUUCCAAGACUGCGCAAAUUGGUGAAUAAGAAGGUUAAAGGUCUCACAAAAGAGGAUAUGGCCGUUCGUCAGGAUCUUGUUCUGGCAUUGCCCGAGAGAAUCCAAGCAAUACCUGAUGGUAUUUCUGGUGCUUCUAUUCAAACUGCAGCAUGGGGUGCUGACUCAACUCAGCCCUAUGUCAAGUUUGACUCAGAAGGACAACUUGAUGAUGAAUAUUUCCAACAAAGUGAAGAAUCCAGUCAGUUCCGACAAGAGUAUGAAAUGCGCAGGAAGAAACAGGAUGAAGGACUUGAUAUCAUAUCGGAGGGAUUGGAUACCUUGAAGGAUCUGGCCCAAGAUAUGAAUGAGGAAUUGGAUCGGCAAGUUCCACUAAUGGACGAAAUUGACAAAAAGGUGGAUAAGACAACAAACGAACUGAGGAACACUAACGUGAAGCUGAAGAAAACUCUCAACGAUAUAAGGUCUAGUCGAAACUUCAUCAUCGACAUCAUUCUACUCUGUGUUCUUCUUGGAAUCGUUAUGUAUUUAUACAAUGCUCUGAGGUGACUUGAUUUUGAAUCAUUUCCCUUAUUGUACUGGUAUCCGGUUGUAACAUGGUAUUACAUCCUUGCGCUAUCUGAGGGCUGUCACUGUAAAUUUCCAACACUACAUCACGGUUCAGCUGCUGGAGAAUGGCAACAUAUACUUUACCAAUGUGCUUUGUAACUCCUUGAUGUAUUAAUGGCCACUUUAAUAUAUCAUCGCUCUAUUUCAUGA